UUUUGUUUGCGAUUCUGGCACAAACGUUUCGCGUGGGCGGGGUUUUCUAGGGGCUGUCCCCAUUGGCUAAUUGGGUAUUGAGCGGCAGCUCUGUGCUCCGGAAGUUGUUCUGUAAAACGGGCGCGCAAUUUUCAGUGUGGGGGACGCUCUGACCGGCGGCGGCAGCAGCGGCGGAGGCGGACAUCAGAGCACAACAGAUCGAUAAAAACGUAACAACUGGGAGAUCUGAGUAGGACCCGAGACUACCAUGCAGUCCCAGGAACAUGUACUUGAUGAAAUCUUGCAAAGGGUUCAAAGAAGAUUCUCCUUGCUUCUUAGAAAUGAAACGCUUGAUUUGGAUUACCUCAAGACUGUUGCUCAGCAGGAACUUUCCUUGGCAACAGUGGCAUCACAUCACCUGAACGUUCCAGCAGAACUCAUAAACAGUCUACAGGAGUUGAUCAACAUCCUUAGUUUUCCUGUUGAUGCUACUGAUGAAGUAUCAGUAGUAAAUGAGUUAGAUGUUUUUACUGCCACUGUGGGCAAGCUGGGACGGCCACGCCUAGAAAUUGAUAGUGGGGAUCUUCAAAGCCUCCUUUCCACUGAACUUCCUUUAGAAUAUUUAGGCAGGAUGUAUGGUGUUUCACGAAGAACAUUAAACAGGCGGAUGAAAGAACAUGGCCUCUCUGUUCGUGGAUACUAUUCAAAAAUGUCUGAUGAUGAACUUGAUCAUGUUGUGAGAUCAAUAAAAUCAAGAAUGCCCCAUGCUGGGUAUAGACUGGUGAAAGGUGAGCUAUUGGCUAGAGGACAUCGUGUACAGUGGCAUAGGGUGAAGGCUACAAUGCACCGUGUGGACGGAGCAGGAGUUUUAGCCAGGAUGAUACAACUUGGAUUUGUAGCCCGCAGAAGCUACUGUGUUCCUGCACCUUUGUCUUUGGUUCAUGUAGACACCAACCAUAAAUUAAUCAGAUUCAAUAUUGUAAUAUUUGGUGGGAUUGAUGGUUUCUCAAGAAAGAUCCUAUAUCUUGAUGCUGCUGCCAACAACAAAGCCUCAACCGCAUUCUCCUUCUUCUUGGAUGGUGUCUGCAAACAUGGAUGGCCCUCAAGGUAGGAUGCACUGCAAACAUCCCAUUAUUCUUUGUUCAAUUGGACAGCCUAUUUCUGUAUUUAAACAUCUGGAUCUGAA